AGGGGCAACUUUAAUUUAGCACCAGAGUUCACAAGCAAUCGGAGGAAGCCAUUGGCUCUUUCAGCCAUAUUGAUUUUGAACUCUCUCCGAGCACAAAGGCCCAGAGUAUCGUUCUCUUCGUCUCGCGUGGGUCUCUGACUCCGUUGCAGCGGCAUAGGAGUCUUCUCUGCCAGAAGGAGCUGCACACACGACAUAUAUGCACGAAAAGGAGCCUUUUCGAUCAUGCCAAAUAAAAAACCAGCAGAAGCGAUCAUGAAAAGUAAACCAGCAGAAGCGAUCAUGAAAAGUAAACCAGCAGAAGCGAUCAUAAAAAGUAAACCAGCAGAAGCGAUCAUGAAAAGUAAAGCUCCAGCAGAACCCGAGUACUUCAGCUUUGGGCAAGUGCCCUUUGCCGUUUCCCGGUUGCUGGCCAUAUGCUUCUUCUUGGCGAAUGCCUCCGUUCUAGCACAUGUGGACGCGUUUUUUGGCUGUGAGGCCUUGUUGGACCUGCCUUUGAAUGGGAAGGGAUGGAUGAAGGAUUUGUUGGUACUUAGACAUUCUUUUUUCUAGUAGGAUAGCAGUAUUAUAUCCUAGCGGAUGUACACGGCCCUUCAGCGGCAGUGAUCGGUCUAGUUUGCGUAGAUUCGUGUUGGCUCUUCAGCAGCCGCGUAUGUCUGCCAGUUUUUCUGGUAGGCCCACACCUUUCCUAACCUUUUGCUUCGACCUGGUGUUGGGAUGAAGCAUAUGAAGUCGUUACAACCCAUGAUAAUAUUCACGCUUCAGCUUACCUAAAAGUGAAUUUCAGUUUCUUGCAUAAAACGUUCCAAACCAAAACAUCAGAUCGUAGGACUGUGGGUCUCGUGGACUGCGAAUGGUUUGCUUGCAGUGGCCUGGCAUUGGAUUGACGCGCAUGCCCGAACAAUUUUAGGUGCGUCUGCUUUCUUCUAUUAAGGGUCGCCACAUUGCAUCCCGCACUACCAUUCGUGACGACUGGUCUCUUCCAACUGGUCACUUCUGAUGAGCUGAAAGAUGCAAUGGCGCAGUCUCUAACUUUACCUUGGUUUAAACUAUCUCGCGGGUCCGGACCUGUUCCUGCGUGAUUACGAUAUGCUACUUGUCGAAGCCACCCUUGUUUUCGCUUGUUUGGGAUAUGACACGUUUGCAUGUCAAGGCAUGCUGAUGGCGCUAUUCCGCUUCUGCUUUCAAUUUGCGGUACAACUACAAUGGAUUGGCUUUAUUCUUUUUGAUAUGCCAGCUUAUGCAUAUGAAGAAAACUCAGAUAGCAACAACCUCGUCCACACUCUCUAAAACACCUUAUCUUCUAUUUGUAGUCCACUAUCUAACAAAUUCAAAUAAAUACCCACGCACAGGCCACAGCGCUCUACGGUUUGCACGACAUGCGGAUGGCGUGCUUGGGUCUUUGGAGUGGUAAGUGGCUUGCACACGGGUAUGAAUUUGCGGAGUCUGGAACUUUGGUCUGGUAUCUUCGCUACUAUUCCUUCCCCGGCGUUUGUCGUGGCCUCACCUGGUGCUUUCUUUUGGGUUUUCUGGUAUGUCCGGGCGUCCUCAUCCUACUGGGACCCGGAGGUCAAGCGGGAUGUGUUUAUGGCGAGAUGUAUUCGCUCUUGUCUUUCAGGCGGAAGUACUUCUUGAGUAUUCAGAUGAACGAAAUAACCAAUUGAUUCACUUUCGCAUAUAGGUGUCGUGACAGCAUAUUUACGUUUGUAAAAAUAUGUGAAGAACAAGAUUGCCGCAUCAAUCUCGUACUGCAGUAUCAAAUUUGUAUUCUACUUUCAAAACCUCUUCAUAACCCCAGUCGCCAGGCUUUACUUGGUGGUGUCUUCGUCGCGGGUUUUCUCUACUUUGUGGCGUUCCAGACGUUCGGUUGGAUGCCUUUGUUGUUGUUGGCUAUCCUUGCUGGUGCGGCAGAGCGAAAUUGGCUGUUUUCGCUUUCACUGUUAAAGUCUAUGGGGUACAAAGCAACUUCAGUGGAUGAGAGCGAAGAGGCAGUCAGACGGGCAGAGGAUGAUGUAGCGGGUGUUUUUGUCGCAGGAGUAGGUGUUUUGGCUGUGUUUGCGUUUGGUUGCGUGACAGAGUUCGGCUUGUUGGACCUGGUGGAGAACAGAAUGGAAUUGCGCGACUUCAUUUUGACACCGAUACUGUACAUCACCUGCUUAGCUGCAGUGGUGCGCCUGGGACGGAGUUUGAAGUUAUUGUUGGUGUAUUUUGCAAACCACAAAACCUUGCUUGAUAGUGGUUCAGCAAGAGAGUUAGCUUGAACUCCAAGUUCUUUGUUAGUGUAUUUCCUAAGUCAAACUAGAUCUAGUAUUUGGUCUCUUUGAAGAUUUAUCACCAUAAUUUGGUCUCCUUGAUGAAGAUCUAUCACCUCUGGCCUCUAAUCCGCUCCGUCAAAACAAUGUCCCAAGCGGGAAAAUGCGUCUUGUUACUCCUCUAUAUUGCCGCAACGGGCGGGAGCUACAUUGGUGCGUUUUAUUUGAGGAGCACUGAAAAGCGAAUUAUGCCGCGUUUCGGAGGCGAUCUUCCCUACGAUGCCUUAGAAUCCGGCACUCUUCGUGCAGCACCCUCAAGACCGCGCCUGGUGAACAAUCGGAUCAUGACUAUGGCUGACAACUGAUAGUCAUCUCCGAUUAAUAGUCGUUGCUAAUCUUAAAGUUCAUUACUCAUCUUAAAGUGGUCCUAUGCAGCUGUUUCCUUAGGAACUCCAUCUCUAACAACCGCACUCCCUCCUCCGAUUCCAAAGCGAGCGAAAUUACACCUUUAGUUGAGAAGUUUCGCGCAGCUGCGGAGAUUGCGGGAAAGAUCACGCCAGUCUAUGGUAAGGAUUUCUUUUGCCCGAACUCGGUUUAUGUUCCAGCAAAUGCGCAGAAGGGUCUGGUGGACGUCGAUGAAGCUAGAAAAAGACCACCAGCUUCUUCAUCUUCGGGUGCUGGUGGGAGUGGGAGUAAGUUAAGGACAAUGUUGAACAAUUAGGUAGUUGCGUGUUAACAGUGCUCCUGAAGUGGUGAACGGUACUAUUGUUCGGUACGAAAAUAGAAAUAUUCAACAUAUAUAGUAGGAUUUUUGGCUUGCAGAAGUUUUCUCUAAUCCUCGGAUCCUCUAGUAAAACGUCUAGUCAGGUAGCAUCAUCUUCCGAAGUCAGGAGGACUAUAGAUGCCCCGGUAGUUCAGGGAAUCCUAGGGGAGCAUGGUGGAAGGGAAUGUCCAGGUGGAAUAAUAUUGUGGGAGGGAUGAAUAUCCAGGUGGAAUAAUAUCGUGGGAGGGAUGAAUAUCCAGGUGGAAUCUCCUCUCACCAGGUGGAAUGAUAUGUGAGAGGAUUCCCCUUCUAGGGGAUUCCCGGGAGACAUGUUGUGAGGAUUUUCUCUAAUCCUCGGAUCCUCUAGUAAAACGUCUAGUCCCACGGGUGCAACGGCAGGAGCGAUGCCUACUGGUGGAUCCUCGGUUCAUGCAGCAAGACUGCCAGCUUCGAGUGAGGUAAUGGAACGAGCUGCGGAACAAGCCGGCAGACAACAGGAACAAGCGGGGGAACAAGCUACUCGACAAGAAAGUUAAGGCUCUAUACCAUUCAUUUCUACAAGGCGCGUCUCCCUGUUGCUAUUUGCCGCUCAGGAUUGUGAGAGAUUAUGGAGGCAAGAGAUGAAUUGUUUUGAGCUCUAACAAAGAGAAGCUACUCCUGGUGAGAAAGCUGCCAUGAUUCAAGGAGUGGCAGCACAAUUGUCGCGGGAAUACACAGGUGGCGCAAGCCGGAGUGAGGGACCCAAAACGACGGAGACUGAAGGUAUGUUGAUGACAGAUAUUCAGACUGGUCCUUCUCUGAUGAGAAGAAGUUGCGCCCUCUCGUUCACAAAUAAUAACACAGGAUCCGACUUCUUCCUUCCUGUAUUCCACAUUAAAGAAAAUUUCUGUAUUCCGCCUGAAAGAAAUUUUCUGUAUUCCACCCCAAAGCACUUGCAAAGAAGCAAAACAAUCUUAGCCUCCUUCAUAUCCAAAACCGAUGGUGCGGUGGUGAAAUCUCCUUUGAGGAAACACUUGGUCCCAGUUGUAUGGAGACAGGAUUGGGAUGCUACGGAGAAACAAUGGAAACGGGAGAAGAAAAUCGGACCACUUCUGAGACAUAGGUUAUGAGGACAAUUUCAAUUUGUUUGUUGAGUUGCAAUUCAUUUUCAUCUAGUUCAUUCCCGUAGGUCCUACUCUGAGCCUACGUAAGCCCUAAAACGGCUGCUCCUCCUAAGCACUGGUCGUCGUAUCCCUGGGAUCCCAUGAACCACAUUUAAUGAAACUUUCAUUCCCUUGUUGUUCCCUUUUCAUACGCUAUGGAAGAAGAAGAGGAGCGACCGUGGUUCGCAUUCGCGCCUGUGGCUAACCGACUAGAAAACCGAUUGCACCACUUAGCCUCGCGCAGUAUUAGCAUGUCGUGGACCGAUCAAAAUUAUCCGAAAGAUUGGCCAUUGUGGAUGAAAAGGUCUAGUGUUUUUUGUGUACCAGCUAGACUUGUUUUGACACUAGGGUGGAUAAAAUCAGUUUUAGUUUUUUCCUCCCACUUCUGACAUCACUAUUCCAAAAUCUUUUCAGGCUGGUCGUUCUUUUGGGUCGCAAAAAGCGAAGCGUGUGGUCUUUGCUAAGAGGCGAAAUUAGUGAGCUGACCAAACAGGAAGAACAGUUACGAGACUUUAGAAGUCGAAUCAAAGCUACACGCAUUUGAAUUAGACUCAUCAAUGUGCCUCUCUCUCACCCUCGCUCAACAAGCUCAAGAACAACCCCAAACUUGUUGCGUUACUCUCUAACCCGCCAAGGACUAGACGCUGGCACAUCUCGGCUUUUCGGAGAAUGGGCAUUGCAGACGAGGGAUUUGGAGUACGAUCUGAGAAGUAACCGCUGGUGGGAUAUCAUGUCUCAUACGCCACCCAGAUUGAUGGGCCCGCUUGUCCUCGUAACCGACACAAACGCCUUGGAAUGGGAUUCGAAGUGUACGGAAGGAGCAGAAGGAUUAUGAAAAAGUUUAAUAUAACAUGUUUUAUGAAAAAUAGAGAGAAAGAGGUUUGUUGUAACUCUUGCCUCUAUCCCUUGCAGAUAGAAGUACUUGAAUAUGAUUAGAUCGCUCAGUGGUAGUUUCCACUGAUUUUGAACCAUAGCGUUUAGUGUCUGCUUACGACAGAGACAAAGUCUAGCUCUCCACCUCUAGCUAUCUAUCUAUCUCUCUAUCUAUCAGCCUGCCUACUUGCCUAUCUAUCUAUCUAUCUUUCUAUCUAUUCGUUCUCUAACUCCCGGCUCCGCUCUGUUUUCGCUGAUGACGGUGGUUGAUCUCACGGGCUUCGGCUAUGGUCCGGUCGUGGUGCCGUGGGCCAACUCAUGGUGGUUUUUGGCAGCAAUGUUCAUCAUGAAGAGUAUCUCACACGGUAUGACGGUGGAAAAGAAGCGCCGACCAACGUCUAAAAAGUCGGAGAGGUCGGAGAAGAAGAAAGAUAAGUGAAAAGGAGAGCGGAUUAUGAGUGAAAAGGAAAAAGGAUCAUAAGUAGGAAAGUGAUGGACAAGUAAGAUGGAGGACGGGAAGGCGGAUGAUUAGGAUGAAGGAUAAUUACAAUGAAGAAGAAGUGAAACUAAGUUUCUACGGCUUGUAUCUUCGGCAAGACGUCAGAAGAACGACAAGUAUGUAAAAAAAGCGAAGCAUAUCAAGCGAAGCAUAUCGAGUUUUUACCACUCAAUGUCAAUACCCGUACCCUCGAAUACUUGCUGUCUACGAUGACUUGUAUCUAAGAUACUUCGUUGUAACUGGAUGGGGUAUCAUCUAUUGAAGGCCACGUGCAUACCGUUUUCCAGAUUUAUAGCAACGAUAUUUUGCCGAGCAACCUCUGUUCGAAUAGAGAGAAGCAGAACUCAACCAGAACUCAAUAUGACUCCAUGUAUAUUUCAAAACGAGAAGGAGAAAGGUUUUUUUUGAUCAUUCCAAAGAGAAUAGAUCUCAAUAUGAUACUAGAAAAUAGCAACAAGGACCUCUGUUUUAUUGUUUGUGUCUUCGAAGUUUGAAU